AUGAAAUUCUGCAUAAUUCUCUUGAUGGCUAGCUCCUGUUUGAUGGCAGCAAGUGCCAACAUUAUUACAUCCUCCACUUUGAACAAUGAAUUAAAUAAAGAUUACAAAUUUGUAUCCAACGAUAUUGCCGAAGGUAACAUCGGUGUUGAACCUUAUCUCAUCUCUUGGUCUACACUUAACAUCGUCAUUCGCAAAGCCUUGUCCAUAAUAUUGGGUGUCAAAUGUACCGUUCGAGAAGUUUUAGAAAUUAAAGAAGCCGCUCUAAAAUUCAUCGAUGACAUAGAAAAGUGUGGCAAUAAUGUCACGGACAGUGUUCAAACAUUAAUUGAUGCCUGCAAAACUAUAAUUUCAUUGUGUAAUGAUAUUCUUCAUGUUAACGAAAAUAUCUGUGGUAAUUCAACUAAGCCUGAGGAAUCGGAUAAUGCUAAAACCCCCACCAAAUGCUUUAAGAAAUUGUAUAAGAAGACUGUAGAAUUGAAAGAUGAAGUUAAGGAUGCGAUAACACUAAUUAAGAUCAUUACAAAAGUACCUAAUGAGACUGGCAAAUGUGUAACUACUGCUGUUAGAGAUUUGGAAAGCGUCUUUAUAAAAUUUCCAGUUAAAAUUGAGUUUUGUUCCAAAUUGAUUCAUUAA